AUGACCGAUGCUAAGCAGCUGGACGCCCUGUUUCCCCUUCCUUCCCUAAGACCUUCUUCUAUCUGUCCGGAAUGGGUCCCCGGUGUGACAUAUGAGAGCAAGGUCACCAUUUCCAAAGCUCUGAAGAAAAAUCAUGUACAGCGCCAUGCGUUUGUGAACGAGUAUGGCUUUCAUAACCACACAUCGCACCAUUUGCUUGCAGUAUUCGCGAUGGGUGCACCUGCACCUCUUUUCGAGGAAAUUUUCGGAGACCACGCUCAACGCACGCUUCCAACGUUGGAAUCUCCAGGCGUGAUCACGAAAGAUAAUUUCUAUGACCACAUUGGGGACCGACGGUUCUACGAUGCAUAUCUGCAUUACUUCCACGACAUCGUUCUAGAGCAAGGCGCGAGUGCUGUCGUGGAAGAAUACGUGUUCUCGCGCGCGGCGAAUUUCCCAGAGCCCGAGUCCGACAACAACCCAAGGCAAAUCAUCGUGCGGUCAUUGGCGAUGUUGUAUCAUCCAAUGAUAUACCUUGGAUACGGCCUGGAGUUCGGGAUUCCUGGUCUUGUCGCUGAAGGUCUCGCACAAUCUGUUGUACAUCCACUCCAAGGUCAAGGUUUACUUUCCGUUGCAGACUUUCGAGCCCAGAAUGAAUAUUCUGGCGGUGGAAGUGGCCUGGUUUCUUCAUUUGCAUCUCUGGUACUGUCUAAAGAACGCAAUGGUUUGAACAUCAAACAUUCCAGUGUACACGUUUUGACUAUCCUUGGGCGUAUCCUUCGGGAUGACCGGUUUUCUUCUUCCUCUCUGAGCCUUAGCCCAAAAGAGCAUCCAUCUGAAGUGUUGACGCACUACGAUCAGGUUGCCAGAGAUCUUGGAGACGCAAUGAGAUCACACAUUCAGGGCUGGACCGUCAAUGGCAGCGACACCAUCGAUGUUAAAAAUAAGGUCGAAGAGCUAUGCUGGAUGAACGCCCUCUUGUACGGCGUUGGUGGCUGGGGGGGACGCAAUGAGACGCCCGAUAGGAAAUUCAAUGCUGACUUCUUCUUCAUGCAUAUGGUCACGUCAGCCUUGUUUCUUCCAUCGAUGGUUACAUAUCUUUCCGCCUCCUCCAUCACUCAACUACUUCGCACGUACCUUAUCUCCUCUAUCACUUGGUGGGUAGCGCGAGGCCGGCCGGUGCUACCUAUUCGUGAAUUCUACACUUCCGUCUCAGCCACACCUGUUCCGUAUGGCACCACCAAAGUAACGUCAGCUCCCGGCACUCUAACAUCUGAGUCCGUGUCGCCAAACCCAUGGUUACCGAUUUUGCAGACAACAAUUGUGCAUGCAGAUGACCACCUAUGCAAACUUCAAAGGGCGUUGGCGCACUUUGCAUCGAAAUACGGAGAUAGGCCCGUAGGUUAUUUUUCCGCUUUUGCGGAGAUAGAUAGUGGCGGCUUGGAGGGCGCAGAGGUACUAGACGGUUCCUUGUUUGUGAGAGCCGCCGGGCUGACGGCGGACAAGCUGGGGUGGAUGAGGGAGGGACAGGCACGGGGUGAGUGGAGUUAUGGGGCGUUUUAUACCCGAGAUUGA